AUGGCCUUCCGACUUGCUGCCUCUCGUACUCUUGCCCGCAGUGGAGCUGUGGUGAACACUCGUCUUCUGUCCAGUGCCGCCGCCAGUGGCGAGCUUGACCGCAUGCAUUCUGCGGAAAAUUUCGAAGCUGUUUUGGACAAGUUCGCACAGAUUCGUGCCUGUGCCGUCCUUCGUACCGCCACUUCGGAAGCAUGCCCCAAGGCCAUGCAAGCUGCCAUUGAUGGAGGAUUCAAGAUCGUCGAGUUCACCCUUACCACUCCUGACUGCCUUGACCACCUCGCUGACUUCCGUGCCAAAUAUGACGGAGACGUCAUGGUUGGAUGUGGUACCAUCAUGAACCCCGCUGAUGCUGAAAGGGCCAUUGAUGCUGGAAGUGAAUUCAUUAUCACUCCCGUCAUGCUUCCCGAAGUCAUUGAAUGGUGCCGAGACCGCAAAAUUGUCUGUGUUCCAGGAUGCCAAACUCCCACCGAAUUGCACACCGCUUACAUGUGCGGAGCUCCCCUGCAGAAGCUUUUCCCUGGAGUUGCAGGAGGUCCCAUGUGGGUCAAGGCUGUCAGCUCGGCUUUGCCCCACCUUGCCAUCAACCCAACCAGUGGAGUUGACUUGGACAAUGCUGGGGAAUUUUUGAAUCACGGAGCAGCCUCUGUGGGUCUCGUAGCCCCCCUCUUCAACCCGGAUGCGAUUGCUUCGGGAGACUGGGACCAGAUUGCCAAGAACGCUGAAAAGGUUAUGGGAAACGUCAGAGCAGCUGGACCUUACCAACGCAAGAAAUAA